CAAACCCAUUUUCCCUCCACCCCAUUCUCCCUCCACCCAGAUUCUCUCUCCACCGGCACCGGCGCCGGCGCCGUGUUUUCCCCAAAACCAUUCCCUCCUACCACACAUUUCAUUUCCCCCCAAAAUUUUCCCCAAACCCAUUCUCACGCCUUUCUCUCUUUCUCUCUUAUCUCUCUUCUCUCUCACGCCUUUCUCUCUUGUCUCUCUUCUCUCCCUCUCUCACGCCUUUCUCUCUUUCUCUCUUGUCUCUCUUCUCUCUAACACGAGUUUCUGUACGUCUUUGCAAAAAAGGAAGGGAUUACGAAACAAAGGAUGUGGUAUGAGGAACUAUAUAUAGCUCAUCACUUUUCCCCAAUCGAGCACCAGCUGGAAGGGUUCUGCUUUUGAACUACAUUGGAGGGGCUACAAAUCCUUGAAUUUUGUCCAAGCUUGCUUUGGAUGCUCAAAAUCAUUCUUUGUAAAUCUGCCUAUGAGAAAAAGUGGCCACUUUAUCUUAGCACAAAGAAUACCAUUCUUAAGAAGUAUGAUGGAAGAUUCAAGGACAUAUUUCAAGAAGUUUACGAGGCCAACUGGAAAUCAAAGUUUGAGGCUGCUGGCGUAUGGUAUGAACACCGUCUCAUUGGUGAUAUGGUGGCUUAUGCUAUCAAGAGCGAUGGAGGUUAUGUAUGGGCAUGCAAGAACUAUGAUGGUGAUGUCCAGAGUGAUUUCUUAGCCCAAGGGUUUGGAUCUCUUGGAUUGAUGACAUUUGUACUGGUUUGUCCAGAUGGAAAGACCAUAGAAGCGGAAGUUGCCCAUGGAACUGUUACACGGCAUUAUAGGGUUCAUCAGAAAGGAGGUGAAACCAGCACAAACAGCAUAGCCUCAAUCUUUGCUUGGUCACGAGGGCUUGCACACAGGGCAAAGCUGGAUGAGAAUCCUAGACUCUUGGAUUUCACUGAGAAACUAGAAGCAGCUUGUAUUGGAGCUGUGGAAUCUGGAAAGAUGACCAAGGAUCUUGCACUUAUUAUCCGUGGACCUAAGCUUGCUAGGGAACACUAUCUGAAUACUGAGGACUUCAUUGAUGCUGUUGCGGCGAACCUUAGAGCAAAACUUUAAGCAUGCUUGAAGUGGAUAGGCAACAUGAAGAAUGGGAAGUCGUUUGGUAACUUGAUAUAAUAUGAGGGAGCAAUAAAACAUUUGUUGGGGGGUUGGAUUGGACGUUUUUUUUUUUUUUUUUUUUUUUUUUUUUCUAAUUUGGUGCCUUCAUGUGGUGGAGUUUUGCGGGGCUAAUUCUGAUUGCUUUAAUAGAGCUCUCAACUCUUGAUCAUCUUAAAUCUCAUUUUCAUAGCAGACUUGAGACUGCAUGCUCG